AUGGCGGACUCACCGAGCCUCGAGGCUCGCGAGUUGAGCCUGAUAGGCAAGGUGGAAUUCAGAAUCGCCAUGGCAGAUACAGAUGAGAAACUACAGUCGUUGCUGCAGACAUAUUUAGCUCCGCUGUUGCUCAAGCUUUCUUCGGAGAGUGUCGCGGUGCGCAAUAAAGUCAUCUCGGUUUGCCAGCAUGUCAACGCCAGAGUCCAGGCUCCCUCGAUUCAAUUGCCCGUGGCAGCUUUGCUGAAGCAAUUCAAGGAGCAGAAGUCCCAGUUGGUACGGCAUUUUGAUCUGAUCUAUGCUCAGCAAGGGAUCGACCGUCUGGGCUCGGAUGCUCGAGUUGAGAUCCUGCUACCCCUACUCCAGGGCAUUUCAGAGAUUGGGACAUCGCCCACCCAGGGUGCCAUUGUGUUCAACCUGGUACUGCGUCUGUUACCGCUGCUGAAGCUGCCACCCAAGGGUGGUGAAGAUGAUCUGCGCUUGAAGCAGCGGCUCGGCCUGUCGAACGAAGAUACUCAGUUUCUGUCGUUCUGGCUGGGAAAGCUACUGCUGCUGUCUCCAGCCCCCAAAGAGUCUUCCACGUGUUCCGGCUUGUCCUCUGAGGAGUAUAUGUUUCUGAACAAAGGUGCUCCGGCAACUGAAACGUGGAAUCCAUCUGCGACGGGUGGAUUGAAUCUGACCGAAACUAAAGUUACCGCCCUUCGAUUUAUCGGAAGUGGUGCUUUCACCGAUGCUCAACGCUUUCUACCUUCGUUGAUAGCCUCUGCUGAUGCCAACUCCCGGCUUGCCGACCUAGGUGACGAGACCCUCAAACGAUUUGCUGCGGAUCUUGAAAACCCCGAUGUCGUGCAGCAGCUGUAUGAUUUGUACUUUGGCGCCGAAAUGCCUGCCGGAGCUCCCCGGGUGCGACCCCCACUCCAAGUGAAGAUCUUGGUCUUCCUAGGAAAGUCGAUCAAGGCAACGGGGAACCCUCAGAGAAUUCUGAGGCUCAUAGAGGAUGGUCUUCUCUCAGAUGCUGCGAGGUCAUCUCAAGGCCUGCAGGCAUCCAAAUUAAGAACCCAGAUUUUCACAUUCACAACAUGGGUGGUCCGGAUGGGUUCGCCCUCAGACCUCAAGCAAAUUGCGCCGAAGCUCAUAGCUGGCUUGAGGGAUUUCAUUCAAUCUCAGGGGUGGCCGAGUCCAGGAGCCAGCGGACAGAGAUUGCCCGCCACUGACCUGAGCUUGCGAGGGCUGGCCUACGAAAGCAUCGGCAUCAUGGUUCCCAAGGUCGACUUCCAACUCCGGGAUGACACCGUGGAGAACUUUGAGUUCGAUCUUGUACGAUGGCUGUUUACGUCCUUGAGUGCCGAUGACUCCAGCCCGCAAAUCUUCGUCAGCAUUGACCAGGCCCUGGGAAGCAUUCUGAACUCAUCCCUAGACAGCCAUGACCAAGAUUUCCAGAACCAACUACGACCAUUUUUAGUCAGGCAAAUGAGCAUGCAGCCGGGAGAUAUUGACCCAGAUACGGGUUCCACCGUUGUACGUGGUGUUCAGUAUGCCGCGGUUCGAUUUGCAAAUCGAUUUUUGCCCUUUAAAGAUGUGGUUGCCCGUUGGAUCGAUUUGAUGGCCAUCGCCCGGGGCCCAGAAAGACAGCAGGAGAUCGUCGAGGAAGGGAAAAAAGGACUCCACCCAUAUUGGUACCGGCUCCUCAAUCCAACUAAAGACAAGAAAUGGCUUGAUGCUUCAUCGGCUCGAGAGCGUGACGAGUCUUGGUUUGAUUUCCCGAGCUUUGAUGAGGUGACUCGUUUUCUGCUUGGUUCAGAAAAGCAAGAACAGUCAACGGUCCAGGAUGUGGCCGCAUCGCAGUUGUUGUCGGGUUCUUACAAAAAGGCAUUUGUGCCGGCAAUUUCGUUCCUUCGAAACACUCUUCUUUGGGAGGCCUUCUCGGCGUCUGGUAUCUCCGUCGAACUGGAGCAGGAUUGGGACUACAAACUCGAAGUUCUCCUUUCGACCAGUGACGAAGCCCGAUGCGCUGUAAGACAGUACAUACGAAACUCUGCCAAACAUUCUGUUCUGUCUUUCUUGUCUGGCGCACUGGAUGGUCUAGUGGAUCCAGGGCAUGAGAAUCCAAGGCAAUGCGGUGUUCAUUUCGUGGAGGUCUGCUCUCUUGCGCCCAACGACGUUGUUGGAGAGUUGAUCCCGCGAGCCAUGUCUUUAACUGGACCCAUUUUCAGCAACAACCAAGACAUACAAGCCGUAGCUGCCCGGGCCUUUGGCAUCCUGGUCUCUCAUCCUGCCUUUGCCGAGGACAAGCUGAAAGAAUUCGUGACAGAGCUGGUCGGUGUCAUCCAGUCAUGGAAUACUUCGAUUGGUGAAGCGGUGCUUCGGGUUCGCGGGGCGAUCCUAGCGCUCGCCUAUCUUUUGAGUCGACUCGCGUAUCGCAAUCUCCUUGAAAAGGUACCCGAGGUGCAGGUCAGGCAGUUCAUUGAGGCGAGUUUGGAUAUCCUCGAUGUCUCCCGGGAUACCUUGCUCCAGCGAACCGCUCAGACGGCCGUUGGACAACUCAGUCUCUCUGGAAUCCUGUCGCCCCAAAUCCUCCCAGAGGCCAGCUGGAAGAAGGCCCAGGAAAAAAUUACGCGGGACGCCAAAUCGGAGAACGAAACACCCAUUGUGUCAUUGGGGUUCUUAACUUUGACAUUUUCUCGGGCCGAUGCAAACAGCUCUCUCUUCCGUGGUCUCUUAGAAUCGCUCUACAGUCUCCAUGAAAUUCGCAGCCCAGAGGUUCAGUUCACAGUGGGCGAAGCACUGAGCGACGUCGCUGUUGGCUGGGAUUCCAGGUCUCUGAUCCAAGACUUUGACAUUGAUGCAGAAUCUCCUCGCUCUGAUGUCGCGCGUGUCGUGUUUGCAGAAAUCAGUGACAAGAUCAUUGCUGAUUGCGUUGCUCCCAAACCAUCCCUUCGGAAGGCUUCCGCCAUUUGGCUGUUGUCUCUUGUCAAGAAUUGUGGCCACAUGCCUGAAAUGCAGGAGCGGCUGCGCAAGUGUCAAGCUACCUUCACCAGCCUCCUUGGGAAUCGAGAUGAGGUGGUGCAAGAGACGGGUGCGCAUGGACUCAGUCUUGUCUACGAGAUUGGCGAUCAGGCGCUGAAGAAUGACUUGGUGCGCGAUCUUGUUGACUCCUUUACGGCAACGGGCUCCAACCUUGGAGGCGGCAAAGUGACUGGAGAUACCCAGCUCUUUGAGCCUGGGGCUCUCCCUACGGGUGAAGGGUCGUCCGUCAAUACCUAUAAAGACAUCAUGAAUCUGGCAGCCGAAGCGGGAGACCCGACAUUAGUGUAUCGCUUCAUGUCGCUGGCGUCAAACAAUGCUAUUUGGACCAACCGAGCAGCUUUUGGCCGAUUCGGAAUUAGCACGAUCUUCUCUGACGCGAGUGUUGAUGGCUACUUGGCGCAGAAUCCUAAAAUCUACCCGAAACUCUUCCGUUACCGCUUUGAUCCCAACCCGAACGUGCAACGAUCCAUGAACACCAUUUGGCAGGCCCUGGUCAAGGAUCCCACCGUCGUUGUUGAUACUCAUUUCGACGAGAUCGUGGAGGACCUGCUCAAAAGCAUGCUCGCCGGGCGAGAAUGGCGCGUUCGACAAGCGAGCUGUGCCGCCGUUGCAGACUUGAUUCAGGGUCGACGCCCGGAGAAGUACGCCCGGUAUUUGGACGAGAUCUACGGCAAGGCCUUCAAACUCUUGGACGACAUCAAAGAGUCGGUCCGAACGGCCGCACUCAAGCUCUGCCAGACCAUCACCAAUUCGGUCAUCCGCACGCUUGAGACGAGUGGUACGGAGAAGCGCGCCAGCACUCUGCUCAGGAGUGCCAUUCCGUUCCUGCUGAGUGACAAGGGACUGGACUCCAGCGUGGAAGAGGUGCAGGGCUAUGCCAUUGGAGCGCUCGUCCAAAUCAUCAAAAAGAGCCCCGGAACACUCCUCCAUCCGUUCGUUCCCAGCAUCUUGGAAAAGUUCUUGACUGCCCUCAGCUCUCUUGAGCCACAGGCUGUCAACUAUGUCCAUCUCAAUGCAGACAAAUACGGCCUCACCAGCCAGGACGUUGACAAGAUGCGUUUGUCCAGCAUCCGCACAUCACCCAUGAUGGAAGUGAUUGAGCGGUACUUGAUCGAUAACCUGGAUGAGACGAAUUUGAAGGAGCUGGCCCCAAAGCUGGAAGAUGUGCUUCGCUCGGCCGUGGGUCUUCCGUCAAAAGUGGGCUGCAGCCGCGUGCUGGUGCUUCUGAGCAUGAAAACACUACUCUUUCGCCCAUACGCGGAUCGAUUCAUUCAACUCCUUACCAAGUACGUGGUUGACCGAAACGACACCGUCAGCGCAUCCUACUGCACAUCCAUGGGUUAUCUUCUGCGGCUUGCGUCGGACGAUCGAGUUCUGAAAACUAUCGACUACGCAAAAACCUUGUACUUGACAGCCGAGGAUGCUACUCCUCGAGUUAUUUCGGCGGAGAUUCUCCACUCGUCGUCCAAGUUAUCCAACGAUCGCUUCAUGGCGUUCGCGGCGACCGCUUUGCCAUUUGUUUUUGUGUGCAAGCACGAUGCGGAUGAACACGUCAAGGAAGAAUUCGAAAAAACAUGGCAGGAUAAUGUUGGGUCCCGUGCGGUGUCCCUCUACAUUCGCGAGAUUAUUGGAUUGGUUUCUGACAACUUGGACUCUCCACGCUGGGCGAUCAAGCACACGGCGGCACGGGCCAUUGCCCAAGCGAUCCUCUCGCUUGACGCCGAGAUGGACCUCCCGACCGCGACCUUGAUUUGGCCCGUGCUAGAAAAAGCACUAUCAGGAAAGACAUGGGACGGGAAAGAGGUGGUCUUAAAGGCAUUGGUGAAAUUCGCCAGCCAAGCGCAGAAGUUGUGGCAAGAAAAGAAGGAGUUGGGUGAUUUGAUGAAAACCAUUGCUGUGCGCGAGGCAAAGCGAAAUAAUGCAUUGUACCGGCCACAUGGAUUGCGGGCACUAGGCGAGAUCUCCCAGGCCCGCCAGGACCUUAACUUCAUGUCAGAUGCGCUCAAAAUUGUGCCCCCACUGGUGGAAGAACUAGUGGCCGAGGAUGCCGACCCCAUGGAGGUGGAUUCCUGGAAUGGGGGCUCGAAUCUCGACGACACCCUUGCAGCCUGCGUCCAGUGCCUCCUGCAAUGUUUCAAUCCCGCCACCGGUUCGAAUGAAGUGCUGGGAAAAUACGUGGACCAAAUGACUGGUCCGCUCGACCAGGCCCUCCACCACGGAGGACGACCGGUCGCCAAGACUACGUAUGAAGAGCUCCACUCAUUUUUCACCCGAGUGGGUCAGUGGAUGAAGACCGGGGGAUCGGAACUGGCGGGGCCCUUGACAGCUCUCAUAGGGGUGUUCACGCGUGAGAUGGAUGGGUCUGUCGAGGCCAUCCGCCAGGCUCGCGCCGAGGCGAUCCUGGCAUACCUGACGCUGCCGGGGAGCGUAGGAAUGGGGGGACUCGGCGAAACACUGCGGACGUGGAGAGCUGGAGAACGAUCCGGGCCGGUGCAGCGGGUCCUCGACCAGGCGCUGGCCCUAACUCGAUAA